AACAGCAGCAUCUUCGCCCUCGUCAUCACCAUCGAUAAAUACAAGAGCAGCGAGAUCAAUGACCUCCGAGGCUGUGUCCACGACGGCGAUGACUUCGUUGAGUUCCUCACGGGGACAUUACAGGUUCCCGACUCCCGGGUUGUCCGGCUGACUGAUGCGGAUGCAACCCGGGUGACAAUCCUCGACACAUUUAACAAAGACCUCAUCAAUAAUCCUCACAUCCACGCCAACGAUCCGAUCGUCAUCUUCUACGCAGGCCACGGUGAUAGGAUACCAGCACCCGAUAACUGGGCCGCGGAGAAUAACAUGAUCGAGACAAUCUGUCCGCAUGACGAAAGGACGAAGAAUGAGAAAGGAAAGAUUGUCAGUGGGAUUCCAGACAGGACAUUCGACGGCCUCAUGCGGCGCCUGGCCUCCAAGAAAGGCAACAACAUCAUUGCUGUCUUCGAUUGCUGCCACUCCGGUGGUGUGAUGCGCGGA